GAAUGGAAGGAGGAUAAGAGGGUGGAGAUUGCAGACUGAGAAAGCACUGCAGGAAUUGGCAGAAGAGGGAGAAAUAUGGCGGUUGUAGGAAGUGGAAUGCAACACAUAGCCGUCUAUGGCUAUGGUUGUGGCCUUAAUCGCAAGCCCCCUUCUCUCCUCACCUUUCGAAUUCACUGCUCUUCUGAUUCCAAGCCCACCCGUGGCUUUGGCCCUCAGCCUCCUGAACGGGACAACAAGAUGAGCAAAUCCACCACUUCAAAGGAGGGCAAGGGUGGGGUGUUGCAACAAAGGAAAUCUACAUCUAAACAAUCUGGCUCUGUACCGACUCAGGCACCUGGUCUAAGUUCUCGAUCUGGUGGAAAAUCUAAUGAUGCUGCCAUAGAUCUUGAGUUUGAAGAACGGCUGGAAGCAGUUAGAAGGACUGCGCUUGAGCAGAAAAAAGCAGAUGAAAAGAAAGAAUAUGGAGCAAUUGAUUAUGACACACCAGUUGAAUCAGAAGAAAAAACAAUUGGACUUGGUACAAAGAUUGGAGUUGGAGUAGCUGUUGUGGUAUUUGGAUUAGUUUUUGCUCUUGGAGACUUUCUUCCCUCUGGAAGUGAUAGUCCUAGUGAGGAAGCUACUGUGGUCAGUAAGAAACUGUCAGAAGAAGAAAAAGCAACUCUUCAGGCUAGGCUGCAACAAUACGAGGCAACACUUAGCAGCUCCCCAAAAGAUCAAACUGCUCUUGAAGCAGCUGCAGUAACCUUAGUAGAAUUAGGAGAGUAUACCCGGGCUGCCUCACUGCUUGAGGACUUUGUAAAGGAGAAGCCAAAUGAUCCUGAAGCUUUCCGUCUGCUUGGAGAAGUAAAAUUUGCACUAAAGGAUUAUGAAGGCAGUGCUGCCGCAUAUAGGAGUUAUGCUAAGGUGUCUGAAACUGUUGAUUUCGAAGUUCUGCGUGGUCAUACCAAUGCAUUGCUUGCUGCUAAGAAACCAGAUGAGGCAGUUCAAGUCUUACUGGCUUCCCGUGAACGUCUGAAUAAAGAAAAAUCCAGCAAUCUCAAUAUCAAGUCUGACAGUGGUACGAAGGAGACUGAAUCACUGGAGGUGGACCCUGUUCAAGUUGAAUUACUUCUUGGAAAAGCUUACUCAGAUUGGGGCCAUAUUAGUGAUGCUGUAUCCGUUUAUGAUCAACUCAUCUCCAGUCACCCUGAGGACUUCCGCGGUUACUUAGCAAAGGGAAUUAUUUUGAAAGAAAAUGGCAACAUUGGAGAUGCAGAGAGGAUGUUCAUACAGGCACGGUUCUUUGCACCAGAGAAAGCCAAGUCAUUUGUGGACCGUUACUCAAGGAAAUGAUCACUGAUUCACAUGGCUUCUCUAUCCUAAGAUGGGCAACUUCAUACCCUUUCAAAGCCCCCUCCUGGUUUAGCAGAACAGUCCAUGGCCUGUACAAUAUCAAGGGAUUCACAUUACAAUGGUGUGGAGGGUGAUGGAAUUAGAAAAACAGCUUCAAAGGAAGGCCACACUGGAGUUUAAACCGUUACCUAGUAAGUCAGAUGACUGAUUUUCUUUCUUGCAUAUUUGAUUCAACUCGAGCUUUCCCAGAUUAAAUUAGACUAACCCGUACAAAAAAUAAGUGUGAAAUCUUGGAACAUCCUUUUGCUAUCAUAUUUGAUAUUGAAGAACCAUCCCUUCUCUUAAUUAUUAGACUCAAUUUGGGAUUC